AUGUUCAAAUUCUCUUCCAACACGCCGGAUCUGCGCAAACAGCUCGAAGCUCUCGGGCGUAGAGAAACAGUUUUUGCCGACCCAUCUGAUGCGUUUCUUGGAAUUGGAUUUGGGGUUGAUGACGCGGAAGAUGUGUGUAGGAGCAAAUGGGGUGCGAAUGUUUUUGGCAAGGCGGUUGAGGUGGCGAGGAAGGAGUUGAGGAUUGGACCGCGUGAUUAUGCGGACUUUGAUAGCCCAAGAGUUGAUAGUGAAGAACAUUUUGCUGCAAAGGACUUCGUGACCCAUAAAUCCCUUCCGUUCCCGAAUCAUUCCUCGCAUGCCCCCCGUUCAUCCUCCUUUUCCUUCCCUCCGCCCGCGCCUUCCCUCCUCUCCAAUACUUCCCCAACACCCCCAACACCCCCACAACCCCCAAACCAACGAGCGCAUACCUCAACGCAUCCAGGACCACCCCCUCAUCCGCCAUCCUCCUUUCACGGCUCGUACGGCGGCGGCGGUUCCGGGCUCAAUCUCAAUCUGUACGCUGGCGCAGGACUUCUAGUCGAUGCGUAG